AUGGGCCACUCAGGAGAUGUUUUUGAAAAUGACUACCAGACAGCUGUCGUCAGAGCCAAUCUCGCCGCAAUAGCGUUUGGGCCGAAAGCGGUGCGCCGGGAUGAGACACUCUUCAACGACCUCCGCAAUAUGACCCUUACACGGGACGAGGGCGCCCCAAUCAAGGUGUCGGAAGCGCAGAUUGCGAAGUUCCGGGAACGAAAGGAUAUCGCCAAGCUCCGCGACGAGAUCCAGCAUACAACCAACAAGCUCGAGAAGAGCAGGCUUCGCGGCCAAAUCGGCAGCGUCCUCGAGACUUGCAAAAGGCUGCAGCUCGAACAAUAUCGACAGGCCUACUUCAAGGAGGCGGACCGAUUGCGUCUCCAAGGUCUUGAGCCGACCCCAACGCCCGGCAUGGGGGGGCCGGGUAUAGCGGCUCCGGUGGCCGCCUGUUUAUGGCGGUGCAGACCG